CCGCGCCAGUAGCCCCGGGAGACGCCCGCGAUGCCGUCGACGCCUAUGACGCCGGUAGCCCUGCUGCUGGCGGGCUGUCUCGCCGCCGGAUGGGGCGCCUCGCUGGACGAGGCCGGCAUGGAGGUGCCGCAGCUGAUCGCGGCGCACGGCUACCCGGUGGAGACGCACCGCGUGGUCUCCGAGGACGGACACGUGCUGGUGCUGCACCGCAUCCCGGCCAGGAGUCCCUCCUCCAGACCGCCGGUGCUGCUGCAGCACGGCAUCUUGCUCAGCUCCGCCGUCUUCGUGGACAUGGGGCCCCGGCGCUCGCUCGGCUACGCGCUGUCGGACGAAGGCUACGACGUGUGGCUGGCGAACGCCCGCGGCAACUACUACUCCAAGCACCACGUGAACCUGACAGAGAGCGACGCCUCCUUCUGGGACUUCAGCUGGCACGAGAUGGGCGAGCGCGACGUGCCAGCGGUGCUGGACCACGUGCUGGCGCGCACGGGCGCCGCAGACGUGCUGCACGUGUGCCACUCCAUGGGCGCAGCCAUGCUGCUGGCGGCGCUGCACUCGCGGCCGCAGUACAACUCCAAGGUGCGCGCCGUGUUCGCGCUGGGCCCCGCCGCCUACAUGCGCCACGGCCGCAGCCCCGUCUCCAGCCUGCUCUUCGUGUCGGCCGAGACCUACAAGGACGCGCUGCUGGCGGCGGACGUGAGAGAGCUGCUGCCCCGACAGCCCUUCUGGAGGCGGCUGGGCUCCGUCAUGUGCUCGGAGGCGGCUCCGUCCCCCAGGCUGCUGUGCGCCGCGGCGCUGGGGCUCAUGUUCGGCUCCAACACGCCCAACCUCAACAUGAGCCGGCUGCCUGUGAACUUGGGCCACUUCCCGGCCGGCACUUCCAGGAGGGCAGCUGCCCACUUCGGCCAGGCCAUCCUGUCAGGCAGUUUCCGCCACUACGACUACGGCGCGGAGGAGAACGCGGUGCGCUACGGCGCGCAGGAGCCGCCGCGCUACGACCUGGGAAGGGUGCGGGUGCCAGUGUUCCUGUACUGCGGCGAGAGGGACCUGGUGUGCGACUGCAAGGAUGUGAAACGUUUAUUCAACGAGUUGACAAAUGCGAAGCCCAAGGAACUGAUAAAAAUAAGCAAGUAUACUCACAUGGAUUUCCUCUGGGGAAUCGACGCUCGUAAAAAAUUAUUCGAGCCAAUGAUUCGCAAAAUGGAAACAUUCCUUUAAACACACACAAAGCUUCACAUCAGCAAUUAUUUAUGUAUC